UGCCAUCUCUUCACCUCCACCCCGCCCGCUUUCCCCCCGCGAGGGCUUUGCCGCCGAGGGUGGGCGGGGCCCGCUUCCCCAGCCAUGGCGGCGGCGGCGGCUGCACCUGCUGCUACUGCUGCUGCUGUGGGGCGGGAGAGGGCAGUGGGGGGAGGGGGCGCCCCCUCCCCCCCGCUGCCGCCACCCCCCCGCGGCCUGAGAGCAGAUGAUACUUUGGAUGAAGUGACAAGGAAAGAACUGUGCACAGACACCUUCUGCAAAGUUUGCGGAGCUGUACUGCAGUUUGAAUCGCAAAGGGCUGCACACUAUGAGGGCAAAAGGCAUGCUCAGAAAGUCCGGCUUUACUUACAGAUGCACAGUGAACAAAAAGAUGGGCAGGAGCCCAGCAAACAGAAGUUACAGUACGUGAAUUUCCAGAUGGACCCAAAUGUGGACGAAAACACCUACUGCAGGCUUUGCAACAUGGUCUUCACGUCCCCAAUAGUUGCUCAAUCACACUACCUGGGAAAGAUUCACACCAAGAAGCUGAAGCGGCUGUCGGAAGAUCAGGCACAACAGCCUUUGCAGAACGCUCAGCCAGAACCUGGUCCCUCUGCGGUUCCAUCUCUGCCGGAGCCAUCUGUUGAAAACGCCUUGCAGGACACUGAUGUGAAAGACCCGCCGCCAUCCUGUAAAACCACGUUGGAUCUAGACGAUCCAGAUAAAUUCUGCAAGCUUUGCUCGGCGCCCUUCAACAACCCGCUUAUGGCCCACCAGCACUACGUGGGCAAGAAGCACAAAAGGAACGAAGUGCGCAAGAAGCUGGUGACCGAGAUGGGAUCUGAGGCCGUUCCUGUGGAAUCCCAAGCCAAUGCAGUUGGAGUGGGCAAGUACAUAUGCCCCAUAUGCAGCAUCAGCCUCACAUCGAUAGAAAUGUACCAGUCGCACAUGCAAGGAAAUAAGCAUCAGAUAAAAGAAACCAUGAUUUCCAAUCUAAUAACGAACUCCAAGAAAACAUACAGCUCCUUCCAAGAUGAAUUGGAAGAUUAUAUUAAAGUGCAAAAAGCAAGGGGGCUGGAACCAAAGACCCACUUCAGAAAGCCAGAAGAGGAGUUCCAAAUGGAAGAGUAUGGUGCCGUGAAUGGCAAUGAAUGGGGCUUUGGAUUUGAUCAGGAACAAUUUUCCGGCGACGCUAACACACCAGACCGGUAUUCUGGUAUUUUCUCAGAAACAUGUCCACCUUUGUAUUCUGUUGGAAGCAGAUUGUCCCAUUGGCCGCCAGGGUCCAGAGACCUGCCAAAACUAGAAAAUGCACUCGUUUCUCAUCACAGCACAGGUUCCCUAGAAAAGCAGGCAUCUCCAUUGGCCACCUACAAAAGUGACAAUUGCAACCCAUCAUCAUCCGAAUCCACUGAUGGCUACAAACAUCUAUCUUCCAAUAGUAGCUAUGCCUUUCAUAGGAGGAGCCAGAAGUCACCAAAGACACUCAGAAAGGAGAAAGAAUGUGCACGAGAGGAAGACAGCGACCCUCGCCAACCCCUUGCGAAGUUCAAGAGAAAACAGCACUCUGAAGGAGACGCAAACUUUGGAAAGGGCGGGGAGAAGAGAAAGAGAAAGAAAGAUGACGUCGACUCAAGUGCAGAGUCAAAAUCGAAGCACAGUAAAGACAGAGGAAAUACAGAGGGAUCUUCUGAGAAGGAGAGCAGGAAGCAGAAGAAGGAGAAAAAGAAGGCAGAAGCCAGUGGACCAACAGAGGAGGAGAUGUUGUGGGAUGAAUCCAUCCUAGGAUUUUGAGCUUCUCCUAAUUAAUUUUUGCAUUCAUUUAAACCAUCUGUGCACUUUUAUGUUUCAAUUACUGAUUACUCCUCUCCCCCCCCCCCUUUAAAUUGCUUGUUCAGGAAUAAUGAAUGAUGGGCACAAGAUCUCUCAGCAAAGCACUAGGGAAGAAGUGGAACUGAAAUUUUGUUGUACUCUACAAAACAUAAUUAGCAAUUUUCAGCACUUAUCCGAAAGCGACAUUUAAUGCGUUAUGAAUUUUGUGUGCAAUAUUCUUUCCGGUAGCAUUUAAAUGCAGGUUAAAACAAAAA